GCAUGCCCAGAUGGCCUUUUUACGGUUAGAGACAGAAAUCUGUCAGAUCAGCGGAGCGUGCAUUCCCCUAAUACCUGCUAAUAUUUCUUAAUACUUUCUUCCCCUAGUCUGCGAUAGACACUUAAAUCUAUCUUGAAGUGUCCUCACAUUUGGAUUCUAACUUUUCGACGCCUGUAGCCGAAGGAAACCGCAAAGAAUGACGAGCAAUUUAAAGCGGAAAGAAGAAAGUCAUCUGGUGAAUGGGGGUGUAAAACAGCCCACAUGGAGCAAAGCCUUCAACAGUACUGCUGUUUGGGAAGAGAAGGAUGAGUUUUUAGAUGUGAUUUACUGGCUUCGACAAAUUAUUGCAGUAAUCCUCGGUGUGAUAUGGGGUGUGGCACCGUUGAAAGGAUUCCUGGGAAUAGCCAUAUUCUGCAUCAUCAAUGCUGGCGUCCUGUAUGUAUACUUCAGCAGCUUUCAGCAGAUCGAUGAGGAAGAGUACGGUGGCACGUGGGAACUCACCAAAGAAGGCUUCAUGACAUCUUUUGCUUUGUUUCUGGUGGUGUGGAUAAUCUUUUACACAGCUCUACAUUUUGACUGAGAGGAAUCCACAGGACACUAAAUACGAACAUUUCUGUUGAAGUAAAUUUUCAAAACGGAGGAACUCCAUGGCUUGAUGGGUGUCAACGCUCCUACACACAGUACGACUCCUCAGUGUGCAGCGCGUCAUGGGAAUCCUAGUUUGAUUAACGAGAUCCUGCAAGACCACCGUGAUGUUCAAAUAAUAUACAAUCUCUCUGAUUUAAGGGGUUCCUGUUUAAGACACCCUCCAUUACACUUCCCAUACGUUUAUAUUUCCUUCCUCGCCUCAAUGUCAUCAUCUCCAACAAAACACUAUAUAACGAAUAGACCAGCUGAGAUUGGUUGCACUUCUUUUUGCAACUGAUCUAAAUCAGAACAGGGAUUCUUUAGUAUUUGUUAGUUUCUACUGGGCCUUUCUUCUGUUGUAGAAGAGUGACAUGAACACAGAUUUUAGACUGACACUAUGACAGAAAGUGUGUGUAUUUAUCCCAGUUUACUGCUCAUUAGCCUGUCAUUAAGUAAAAGGAAGUUGGUGAUAAAAACCAAAUGUCACAUAGUAAAUUAGGGUUUAAUCAGAAUGUAAGGUGUUGCUUUUCAAUUUAGGGACAAAGACAUCAUAUUGGAUGUAUAAAAACACCAGUAAAAGAUUGUUUAUGUGGUUUCACUGUUAAAUCAUCGCUCACUCCAAAGUCAUUUAUUUGCCUUGUUAAGAAAAUAAUCAUGGCCUCAAAAAUGAUUGAAAUUUAAAAAGUGGCAUGGCAGUAAAGCACAUUAUAAGUUAUCAUUGCAGCUGUAGUACGCGACUGUUUUUAGUGGAUCAGGGAUGGGUCGGAUCUUUGGAA